CUGUGUGAACGGUGACCUGCAGGAGGACUUCACCUGUACCUGUCACCCCUGCUGGGACGGCCCCACCUGCGCCACCUACGUGGACUACUAUGCUCCACGCUUCGUCCACGCAGCCACAGCCGUCCUCCCAGUCAACGCUACAGGUGUGGUGUACCGCGCGUGGAGUACAGACGAGGACCUAGGGCUCACCUGUCCACUCGGCCCAGGUGACUCUGCCCGUUGCCCCUGCGCCUCCGUCACCUAUCAGCUGUUUGCACCUCCCGGAGACCAUCACUUCCUCCUGGACCAAGUGUCAGGGAUACUGUCCAGGAACAAUGACACUUUGACCCUGGGACUACCUACACCUACAAGUUAAUGGUGCAAGGUACGCCACUAGCAGGUCAGAUGAAGGAGCUCCUCUACGACCUGCUCGACCUGAGGAUCUACGUGAGUGCUGACUAUGUGAAGAAGAUUCCCUGGACCUAGUGACCUGCCCCCCCUCCUCCUCCUCCCUGUUUGUUUAUCUACUUCCGCUUGGGGAGGCUGCCAUGGCCACCUGGUCCAACACACCACGACUGCCGGGGUUCGAGUGGAUGUCCGGCUACCCACCUUCACCCUCCAGCCACUACCCUCACCAGUACGGGGGGUUCGGGGUGGAUAUAAAAAAAAAAAGGUUCUACCCACACCAGUUAGCCACAC